AUGUCGAGCGUGGUUAAUGACACAUUCAACCUCGGCGGCAAUCAGACCGCAGCAGGACAGAAAAAUGGGCAAAGUGCCGGCCAAUUCGCUGCCUCCCUCGUCACCGCCAUAACGGUCUUUGCCAUCCAAGUCGUCAUUUUCCUGCUCAUCAAGGACCGGUUCGCACGAAUAUACCAGCCCAGAACCUACCUUGUACCAGAAAGAGAACGCACAAAACCUUCACCACCAGGAUGGUGGAAAUGGAUCAAGCCCGUGGUCAGCACGUCCAACUCCGACUUCGUCCAGAAGUGCGGUCUGGAUGCCUACUUCUUCCUGAGAUAUCUCCGCACCUUGCUCAAGAUAUUCGUUCCAGCUGCCUUGGUUAUCUUGCCAAUCCUGAUUCCCCUCAACAUGGUCGACGGUCGUGGAGCCCGAUUUGCACUGGGCAGAAACGAAAAUGCCAGUAAUGUGACUGGCCUCGAUCAGCUCGCAUGGGGCAAUGUCGCCCCCGACCACACAGGACGAUAUUGGGCCCACUGGCUUCUGGCGCUUUUCCUGAUCGUCUGGAUCUGCUAUGUCUCGUUUGACGAGCUACGGAACUACAUUCGCAUGCGGCAGGCGUAUCUGACAUCGCCUCAGCACCGCCUGCGUGCUUCCGCGACGACCGUCCUGGUCAGCUCCAUCCCUCAGAAGUGGUGCAAUGUGGAAGCCCUUGACGGCCUCUACGACGUGUUCCCGGGUGGUCUCAGAAAUAUCUGGAUCAACAGAAAUUUUGACGAGCUGAGCGACAAGAUCAGACGACGCGAUAAGCUCGCUGCAAAGCUCGAGACGGCUGAGACUGACCUCAUCAAGAAAUGCUUCAAGAAGAACGAGGAAAACAUCGCCAAAGCCGAGAAGGAGGCCGGCAAGAAAUUGACAAAGGACGAGAAGAAGCUACGUGCCACCAUUAGGGAUGAGGCAGGUGAUCGCGCUGCUCAUGGCCACGGGACUACCACAGGGAAUCCUCACCAGGUCCAGCAUAAUCUGCGCCAGGUCGUCAACGGUCGAAAUGACGCCGCGUCUUCGUCCUCGGAUUCAGAAGACGAGCAAGAGGUUCAGGAGCCUCAACGAGAUAGGUUCAACAUCCCUAUCAUCGGUGGCGGCAUCUCUGCGGUUACGCACGGCCUGGACAAGGUUGGCAAGGGGAUCCUGGGUGGUAUCCGCGGUGUUAACAAGGAAGUCAAUAAUACUAUCGACACCACCAACGGAUUCGUCGUGCCCGACGCUCAGCACAAGGAAUUGGGUCGGAGUUCUCGCGAAGAGCCCGAGGUGCCAGUGGAGGACUCGAGCCCAAUUUCACCAAAGAAGAACGAGAAGGUAUUCGGUGAGAAGCGUACCACGGGACACGCCAAAGACGCGAGCGCGAAGAACCAGAACUCGCCCUCGAACCUUGGUCGAUCGUUCGAGAAGUCACCCCGGUCAAGACCCCAGAGCCCCAUCUCCCAAGGUAGUACAAUGGGAGGAGAAAAAGUUCGAUCCGAGAAACAGUUGACCAAAUUCGAAAAGUUCAAGAAAGCUAUUGGUUUGGGCCCGGACGAGAAGGAGCCUGUCGAUUAUCCCAACGCCUUCGAAUGGAACUUCGAACAUGACCCGGAUGACGCUGUCUGGCGACGCUACUUGACCGAUAAGGACCGUGAAACAAUGAGGCUUCCAAUCUUCGGCUGGCAGUGGAUGCCCUCUCUCCCUUUGCUCGGCCAGAAAGUCGACACAAUCCGAUACUGCCGCAAAGAGGUUGCCAGACUCAACGUGGAGAUUGAAGAUGAUCAGGCCCAUCCUGAGCGGUUUCCUCUCAUGAACUCUGCAUUUGUUCAAUUCAAUCACCAGGUCGCUGCACACAUGGCCUGUCAAGCUGUCAGUCACCACCUUCCCAAGCAGAUGGCUCCCCGGCUGGUCGAAAUCGAUCCCAACGACGUCAUAUGGGACAAUAUGUCGAUCCCAUGGUGGCAGGCAUACAUUCGGACUGGCGCUGUUAUUGUCAUUGUCGUCGGGAUGAUCAUUCUAUGGGCCAUCCCCGUCGCUUUUACAUCGGCUCUCUCGCAACUGGAAACUGCCGCCAAAACAUGGAGCUGGCUUCAUUGGGUCCUCAGAAUCCCUGCUUGGAUUCGAAGUGUCUUACAGGGUGUCUUGCCUGCGGCCUUGCUCGGUCUUCUCCUGUUCCUCUUGCCUCUGAUUCUCCGGUUCCUGGUUCGCUUGCAAGGGACGCCAUCCAACAUGCUCGUGGAGAUAUCAGUUCAACGCUAUUACUUUUGCUUCUUGUUCGUCCAGUUGUUCUUGGUCGUAUCUAUUGCGUCGGCCUUGACACAAUUCUUUGCUCUUUUCACGAGCGUGGACGGCUUCACAAACAUUCCGAGUUUACUGGGCAACAACAUCCCAAAAGCCAGCAACUACUUCUUCUCUUACAUGUUGCUGCAAGCUCUGUCUGUGAGCGCAGGAGCCCUCCUGCAAGUUGGAUCACUCAUCGGCUGGUUCGUCCUCGCACCACUCUUCGACAGUACUGCACGGGCGAAAUUCACCAGACAAACUCAGCUGUCAAACAUUCAGUGGGGCACGUUCUUCCCAGUGUAUACCAAUCUGGCAUGCAUUGGCUUGAUCUAUUCCGUCAUAUCGCCGCUGAUAUUGAUCUUCAACAUCGUUACCUUCACCUUGUUCUGGUUUGUUUAUCGAUUCAACACCCUGUACGUCACCCGCUUUACUCGUGACACGGGGGGUCUCCUGUAUCCCAACGCCAUCAACUUCACAUUUGUGGGUGUUUAUGUGAUGGAGAUAGCCUUGAUAGGCAUGUUCUUCCUCGUUCGAGAUGAGCACGGGAACGUGGCUUGCUCAGGCCAAGCCAUCGGGAUGAUUGUGAUUUUGAUCCUCACCGCUGGAUACCAGAUGUUGUUGAACAAUGCAUUCAGCCCGCUGUUCAGAUAUCUGCCCAUCACCCUCGAAGACGACGCCGUGCGGAGAGAUGAAGAGUUUGCUCGGGCAAUGCGCGAGAAGCAUGGCCUGAUUGAGGACGAGAACGAAGUUGAGGAUCUUGAGGAUCAGCUGGAGCGUAACGAGCGACAGUCCCUAGACGAAGAUCGCCAGCAGCACGAUAUUGAGCUCCGAGAGAUCGAGCAAGAUAAGCAAGACAGACUCCGGAGACAACGGUCGAAAAAAUUGCCUGAACUCGAGCCGUACGAGUUCCAGAACCCGGAGAUUGCAAUGAACCUGGACCAGGAUAGCAAGGGCGUCCGCAUGAUGAAAGCCGCCGCUCACAAGACGGCCGGCACAACCAAAGGGUUGGUGCCCCGCGGAAUCUCGCAAAAAGGGCAGCGCCAAUCCUGGGCAGAUCGAAGCAACGCCAGAAACCGGCGAGCGUCGAAUUUCGGCGAAUGGGAAAGUCCAUCACAGAGUCGAAGCCGGGCACACUCGGAAGCUCGGGGCGGCCAGAAGAACUUAUUACAGCAGCCCAAGGAGGUUCUCGACAAGCUCAACAACUUCAAUCCGUUGACCGGUAAUGAGAAGGACGUGGAGGCCCAACGCGCUGCUCGAAGCGAACUGGCCGACGCACUGUUCGGUGGCGUCAACGACGAAUUAGAAGACCUGAGCCCGGAGGAGCGUGACAAACUGGUGCAGAGGGCCUUCCAGCACAGUGCGCUCCGAGCACGGCGACCUGUCAUCUGGAUCCCCCGCGAUGAACUCGGCGUUAGUGACGAUGAGGUGCACCGCAUCGGCCGUUUCAGCAGCCAUCUCUGGGUCAGCAAUGUUCGACAAGGGCUCGACUCCAAGGGUCGGUGCGUGUACAGUGGUGCGCCACCCGACUUCAGCGAGGUCGACGUGAUCCAGCUAUAA